AUGGUUACAAGGGCCGAAAUACAGAGAAGGUGCCUAGCUGUAUUUCCAUCUUCUGAGGAGAGCGACGCAUGGCUGAAAGACGGACUCAGUGGGCUGCAGCAGACGCCGCCAGAUGGGCGGCUGGGAAAUGUGUGUCUGUCGCUGGCCAGGAGGGGCCUGCGGCAGCUUGGUUUGCUGUGCGACUUCACCAAACUUUUGUUUCUGGAUGUCUCCCACAAUAAACUCAUCAACCUUUACCCUAUUCGCCUUGCAGCAAGCCUCGUUCGACUUGACGCUCAAAACAACCAAAUCGAAUCUGCUGCCGAACUCUCAGCAAAUCCCAAACUGGAGCACGUCGAUCUCAGCAACAAUUAUAUUACCGCUCUAGGAGACUGGCAGUUUAAUGUCCGUCUGCGUGUGCUGCGACUCGCCGGCAACCGAAUAAUUUCCCUGAAGGAAGGCAGCUUAGAAAAGAACAGCUUGCUCAGAGAACUGGAUAUAAGUAACAAUGCAGUUGACUCGCUAAAUUAUCUGCCCCAUCUCAAGUGUCUAGACACACUCAAUGUCAGCAACAACAAGCUGAAAAGUCUCGAAGGCAUCCAACGAGCCCCCCAUGUGGUCGUGCUCCAUGCAGAGGGCAAUAAGUUGGAGUCGCUCGAGCCGUUGGGACUCGGGAAGAAUGGCCUGCUGCGCGAGUUGUACAUACAGGAGAACCUUGGCCUGGAACAACCACUGCAGCUAUCGGCGCUGAAGUCCGUCGAGGCCCUGCAGACCUUGCACGUGUCCCCAGGACCAAUGGUAUCCUUUCCUCACUGGCGGUUGCACUGCGUACACAUGCUGCCGCAGCUGCUUCAGAUCGAUGCUGUCCGUGUGACCGCGGAGGAACAGUUCAUUGCAGCCGAGGCAUUUGGGGACUUGCUGUACGCCCAACGACGAGUGUGGGAGGCGCUUAUUCCCGAUGAGCCCUUCGUUGAUCGCCGGCUCUUGAAGCUGAAUGAGCCAAUUGCAACAGACCGAACAGACCCUGUGGCGUCUCCAGAGGGUUAA